ACUGCCUGACAAUUUCCCUCCAAUUUCACACGUGACUAUGUCGGCAAAAGACGUUUUGAUUUUAUCUCUGCAGCCUUUUUAUUAGAAAAUGGAAAAAGUUUUUGUUCUUUUUGAAUUUUCCAGUGGCGAACCAGCAGGAAUUGCCUCAAUUACUGCAAUCUUCAAACCUCCACUUAAAGGAAAUUUGAAAGAAAAUAUACAUGAAGUGAAAAAGUGGAUUAGUUGCAAGACUCAGCUGGUGAUGAGGUGGCCUCAUGAAGGUUGUCCAUCGGGACUCCAUAAUGUAAUUUAUCCAUCAAAACAUAGUGUUGACUCUGGGUUUAGAGCUGCUAUUCCCUUAGCUGUUUCUGAUAACUUGAAGACACUCAGUGAAACCAGGGCCAAAACCACCAUCAAUCACAGUCCGCUACCAAUAAGUGCUGAAGAUAUUCUUGCAUUAGAUCCAACUUCUCCAACCGAGAACACUUCUCCAAUAGAGAACACUUCUCCAAUAGAGAACACUUCUUCAAUGGAGACACCUUAUUAAAAAAGUAUCACCCCAUCAGCCUGCCGGAAAAAUCUUUUUGGAAAAGACAAGAACGACGAAAAUACAACCCCAUUCACUGAAAGAAGUACCAACAAAAAAAGGUCAAGUAAACAAACUGAAGGUUACGAAAAGGAACUCAAUGAACUGAAAAUGAAAGUCAGAAAGCUUGAAGAUGACUUAUCUACAGCCAAUAAAAAUUUAGCCGAAAAAGAAGAUGAGGUUAUGGAACUUGAAGAGCAAGUAAAAAGUCUACGUUCAUAUUUUUCAGCUCCCAUGGAUCUAAGUGAACGCAUGCACGAGAACCUCGUGAAAGUGGAAGACAUUUUGAAAGAACUGAAGAGUCAGCCUCAGCAAGUUAACAUUCAAAAUACGCCUUCAUCUUCUAUAACUCAAGGUAGCCCUGCAGUGUCACGACAACAAACGUCCAAUUCUGGAAAAAUGGUUACUCUUGACGGCAGCGUUAUGGUGGGAUAUAAUUCGCUGCGUGAUGCUUGCAUCUUUGGUAGAGGCGGUAAUUCUACCGAUGCUUUGAAUGCUUCUGUUGGCGCAAUCAUUGACUUUUUUAUGGCUCGUGAGGAACAAGCAAGCGUCAGUUUGUCUGGAAGACGUUGUCCUUCCAUUCCGGACAGCAUACCAAAAAAAAAGUUUCCCGAAGACCUCAAAAAGGCAAUUCAAAAUUUCAUCAUCGCCCGUUGGCCCAAAUGGCACACAGGCGACAAAUCCAUGACACCCCUGCGGGUGAAUGCAUCCAUUAAAGCAAAACUCAACGGCGCUCACAUCGCAUCAAAAAAAAAACCAGAAGAAAGUAGCUGCCGCUAUUGGAGAUAUUAUUGGAGAGAACAGUGAAGAUAUAGACGUAAUAUUAAUGACCGACGAGAACCCUCAGUCGGCUGACGACGACAAUUUAUCCGAAGACGAUCUUAUCUAAAUAAUCUCCCUGUUUUUUGCCUUCUAAUUAUCUUGGUCAUGUUGGUUUAGAUACGUGUUCACGCUGCCAGUUUGCUUGUGUUUUCACUGUAUUUUCAAUGUGUUUUUCACUGUGUUUUUCACUGUUUCACUGUGUUUUCACUGAUUUUAUUGGUUGAAAACUAUAAUACAGAAUGUUGUUAUAUA